GCACCCUUUAAAAUGUCAAAUACAACAAUUACAAUUACAAAUGUCAAAAAUACCAUAAAUAAGAUGACGCAUGUUUUUAUAGAUUCAAUUACAAAAAUAAACUAAUUAUAUUUCUGUAAAACACAAACAAAGAACUUCAGUAAUAUUGUUAUCAACCUUUAGUGAGUCAUACAAGUACAUUAACCAGUGUUUCUGAAUAAAUUCAUGAAUAUCUCAGUCCUCCCAAUAUCACAUCCAAAAUGUUGUUUGACAAUUUAGGAAAGUGUGUACCAAAAAAACCUAAUUUAACUUACGACGAGGCCUGUGUCGAUAUUAUAAACAAUUUAAAUGAAACUAUUAAGUUGAUUUAUCAAUAUGAUGAAUGUUACAAGUGCGAUUUCCAAAAUCUAACUAUAUUAGAACCAGGAAAGAAUACUUCUGUGGUAGCAAAGACCAGCUCGCCUAUUCAGAUUGAAUAUAUCUUUAGUAGCAAUACAAAGUGCCAUUACCAGCAACUUCUAUAUGAACAUUACAGAUAUGGGUUGAAUAUUACUGAGAAAUGUUCACCAAUUUAUAUUAAGGAACCAGCCGAUAAUGCGUAUUUACCAAUAUUAAUGGCAUUUGUAAUUCUAUUUUCUUUUGGAACUAUAUGGUAUAUGAUUAAGUGUAUUUACAAGAAUAGUGGAAGAUUAAGACAACUGUUAACAUGGAGUACAGAAAUGGAGGAGGAUCUAAUUGGCUCUUCAGCAGGAACACCUCUCGUUUUUGAAAGACCCCCUACUGCCAUUGCCAAACAUUCUAAUCGUUUGAAAUCUGUUGACACUUUUAGAGGUCUUUGCAUUGCUGUUAUGAUUUUUGUUAAUUAUGGGGGUGGUCAGUACUGGUUUUUCAAACACUCUGUGUGGAAUGGUUUGACAAUUGCUGAUCUGGUAUUCCCCUGGUUUUUAUGGUUAAUGGGCCUGUCGUUGACCGUUUCGAUUCAAAAUAAAAUGCGAGCUCUCGUGCCAAAGAGACUUAUGGUAUUCCAAGUCAUCAGACGUUCUCUGAUAUUGAUACUUCUUGGUAUCAUUAUAAACUCGAAUAAAAAUUUAUCGACCAUAGCGGAACUAAGAAUACCCGGAGUGCUUCAAAGAAUUGGACUGGUUUACCUCGUCGUCGGCAUAUUGGAGGUUAUUUUUACAAAACGAACUGAUAUUGAGAUGGUAUCUUGGGCGUACGAUGUAACGUCCGCCUGGCCCCAAUGGUUGAUCAUGUCUAGUUUAAUUGUGAUUCACACUUCCGUGACCUUUGUUGCCGACGUUCCCGGCUGUGGUAAAGGAUAUUUAGGUCCUGGCGGACUCGAAGAGGGAAGAAUUUUCUAUAAUUGCACGGGCGGAGUUGCUGGUUAUAUCGAUAGAGCAAUAUUUGGUCGACACAUGUAUAGAGACUACGCAUUAGAGAAGGUUUACGAGAUCACCGUUAAGAUUGAUCCAGAAGGUAUAUUGGGAACAGUAACGGCAAUUUUGACAGCUUAUUUUGGCGUUCAAGCUGGGAGGACUCUAAACACGUAUCAAUGUGUAAAAGCCAAAGUCGUCAGAUGGACCAUUUGGGGUAUCUUUAUUGGUCUCAUUGGUACUUCUUUAUGCUCAUUUUCAAGAAACGAUGGUCCGAUUCCGAUAAACAAGAAAUUAUGGUCACUUUCUUACACACUAGUCACCAGCGGUAUGGCUUUCAUAAUCCAGGCGUACUUGUACCUUUUCGUGGACAUAUUAAAGAAAUGGGGCGGUCGACCUUUGUUCUAUCCGGGCAUGAACGCCAUAUUUUUAUAUGUCGGACACGUGCUGUUCGCCGAUACUUUCCCGUUCGGCUGGAAACCGACGGUUCAAACGCACGGUACUUAUUUAUUCAUGAACCUGUGGGGCACCUUCUUGUGGGUGUCCAUUUCGAUUUGGCUUUACAAGCAUAACAUAUUUUUCAAAAUCUAAUGAAAAAAAUUACUUGUGAUAUUAAAAUAAUCCUUAGAGAUAUGUUGUUGAUGAUAAAUUUAUAUUUAUCGUUUUUCUUUUAUUUUUGUGUGUAGCAUAAUUGACUGAUCUGAGUUUAUUUAGGCGGUAAGUUCCUUUAUUUGUUUUGUGAAACGGUCGUUUAUGUCUGCUUAAAAAAAUAAAGGUGGAACAUAUAUUGAGAAUGAAGUUAACUGCAAACAACUUAGUUCCAUUUUUCGUGAAGUCACUUAGAUUGCGAUUGUGUGGGUUCAAUUACGAUUUUUUAGAUCAAUAUCUUUGAAUGUGUCGUUUUUAUUAGACCUGUUUCAAGACCAAUUUCUUCAGCUGUGUCUAGUGAUGGAAAAUUCUCGAGAAUAAAAAAAUGGAGAAUAUUACCGAGAAUAUUUGUCGAUUAUGAGAAUUUUCUGAGAACGAUUUACCAAAACCAAAGAGGUUAGAAAGGGUAGAGGUAACAUAGGAAGCAUUUGUCGCUGCGCGAAUUUUGCCAAAACCGAAAAACUGGGUCGAAGGAGUAGGGAGAUGUUCUGGGCCGGACUUAAAUAUUUGUAUUGUAGUAUCUUAUUUUGGUAGUUAACUAAAAGAUGAAAAAUUAUGAGACGUUUUUUUGACUUUAUUUGUUAGCACGAUUCACUUAUGAUGAGGGCAAUAACACUUUAUCAAUAUAUAGGGCGGAUUCCACCGUUGUGUCAAACGAAGUUUAAAUUACUAAACGAAGAUUAAAAUGACAUUGCUAAUGUAAAAAUGUCAUUUUAAUCUACAUUUAGUAAUUUAAACUUCGUUUCUUUUAAUAUAAAAAUGUCAUUUUAAUCUUUGUUUAGUAUUUUAAACUUCGUUUAAAAAAAGGAUGAAAUCGACCCUAAGUAAAAUUUAUAAAAUUAUUGUAACAAAAUAGCUGUUGAGCCAAACAGUUAUCGAAACAGCCAAAGUACUUUUUGCUCGAAUUACACACAAGAUUUUUUCUACGAUUACACCAAAAUAAAAUAAAUAAUUAAAUUUUAUUAGAAAUGGGUUACCUUUUCGUUCCUUAUAAUAUUUUAAGUUUAUUUGACAUAAGCCUACUCUUCGAAGAGAAAAAAUGUUUUGGUAUUUAUGUGCUGUUAAUUAUUUACGGAAAAUACCGUUCAAUGAUUUAAAAUAUUAGGAAGUCAAUUAAUAGCUAUUUAUGUAACCAGUUACGAAAUGCCUUAUUUUGUGUAACGAGUAAAUAUUUGCGGGACGAGCGGAGUGAGGUCUCGCAAAAUGAACGAGUUACACAAAAUAGCAUUUCGUAACUUGUUUUCAUACAAGAUUUUUUCUAAUUUUGACUUGAUUAUUUAUAAAAUUGUGUUGAAAAAUGAUUCACCAUCAUUCUUUUGUAGGUACUUCCAAUCAAAUAUUUUAGAAAAUUGUUGUAUUUCAUUGCCCUACGACGUUAUUUUUUUUUUUUCAAUAGUAAUAAUAAAAAUAAGGGACAUGUGCAGUGUUACCGAUCUGAUUUUUGACAUUACCCGCCAGAAAUUUAAAAAAAAAACGUUUUUACCCAUUAUCAAAAUUUUACCCAUUAUCAAAAUUUUACCCCCAACAUUUCUGGGCAGUUUUCAUAACGGUGUUCAAUUAUUUAAAAAAUAAAACGCAAUUUACAGCUUUUUUUUUGUUUUCUUUUUUGUAGUUAAACGUAAUGUCAUAUUUUCAAAUGUGAAAUGUCACUAUUCAUUGCCUUUUUUUCGAUAUUUGGUUUUUUCGAUUUUUCGUUUUUUGGAUUUUUCAAUUUUUAUUUUUCGAUUACUCGAUUUCUUGAUUUUUCGACUUAAAAACCAAAAAAGGGAGAUUUAUUUAUUUUCAUUUCGUAACUGGUGACAUAAUCAACUUUUUGUAAUCAGUUGCAUAAUGUUCUACUUUAUGCAACUGUUUGCAUAAAGUAGAUCGUUUUGACACUUGCUGUGAUUAUAAAUUAUAUUACUUUAUAUGUCAAUGAAAUUGAUAUUUUUGUAUUUGAUUGUAUGUUAACUUCCUGAAAAAAGAUUCCCCAUAAAACAAGAAAUAGUAAACAUUUAUAAUAAUAACCUUUAUUUGCUUGUUAUAACAUGUACCAAUGACCAAGUCCGAUUCUGUUUAUUUUCAAUUCAACAAAUAUGGACGUCGACAGAAUCUUUAAAAAUUAAAUAUCUCACCGAAAUAAAUGUAAGUUUCUUUUAUCUCCGUUACAUUUCGCAUUUUUAUUAUAAAUAAAGCUUUUUAUAAUACAUCUUGGCAUUAUCAACGUUAAUUUUCAAAAUUUAAGUCACUAAAAUACCAAAUUAAUUCUCGUUGACACAUUAAAUUUGGAUGGACAACGCUCUGACAUGUGAUGUUCUCAACUGUGAUUGGUGGGUGUGAAUAAUUUAGAAAUGGGAUUAUGCGCAGUGUCUUAUGUUCCAUCUAAGGUUUGUAUAAUCUAAGACCAAAACCAACUCAAAUUUAAUGACGGUGACAUCUAAACUCGAACGGCAUAUUGAAUACAUCUUCUAACAACUCUCACCAGCAACGAUUUAAGUUAAAAACGACAGUGUUUACCAGUGAGCGCUCUUAGUUGUAAACGAUUCCUGACGAAAAUCACUUUUGAAACUCAUGGGUUUAAAUAAACUUUAAAGAUUUAUUUAAUGAAGCAUAAACAAUAACAAAAUAAAACCAUUUAUGUUCCGUUUUCGACGACAAAUAAAAAGCAUAAAAAAUGUAAAAUAAAAUCUUACACCUAUACUAACAAAACAAAAUUAAGUUCAAAAAAUAAAUCAAUUUGAGUCAAAAAAAUUGUCCACAUCAUCAUCAUCACUAUUUUCAUUCUCUGACGAGUCCGACUCCGACCCAUCACUCCCGUCAGACUUCAAUAUCAUUUCCACUGCCUCUGUUUCUCCAAGACCACCCUGUGACUGGUAGUGCGAAGUAGACGGGUUCUCUUCAUGUUCUUUAUACUUGGACAUCGCUGAUACCUGGUCCUGGUCCAAUAGUUUCAAAUUAUGAGCUAUAAAAGUAACUUUACCGACUCGCUCAGCAGUCAGUCGGUUUCUUUUUGAGGAGUGAAUGAAACCAUAUGUGCUAAAUUUUGAACCGCUAAUUUACUUAGUUUUGUCCCAAAACAGGUUCCUUUCCACCAAAUCUUGGGUUCUAGUGUAUGGUUUUGCAAAAAAUCCUUCUUUAGAUCUAUAGUACGCCAAUUCCGCCAUUAAAUUUGCCGAGUCAUCUGGGUAUUUUGAAGUAGCUAAAUAAUCAAUAAACUCUAUACCCUGAAUUUGCUCCUCGUUGCUCAAAAGAACACUAUUUAACCGCGGGUCUAAGAUAUUAGCUGCCAAAUGCAUAGGGUGUAUGGCAGUAUGCUUUCUUUUUGCUUAAAAUUCCUGGACAUUUGGCUCUUCCUGCUUCGUAAGGGGACUUGAAAGUAACGCCGUUUCAAAAUGUUUUUCUAGGGUAUAAAAACAAUCUAUUACUUCACUUAGCUUAGGCUUAUCUGACUCUAGUUUGGUUAUAU